AUGUCCUACUAUCAGCAACCCAACCUCUACAACACUCCAUCCCAGCAAAAUUUCUACAAUGGUCCGCUUCCGACGGGGUCCAUGCAGACAGGCUACUCCUACACCGGGAACGAGCAAGAUCGUCUACCAUUAAGCACAGGUAUUCUCGCAGCAUUUUCCUCGAGUGGAUAUCCUGGAGAGCCACCACUUCUCGAAGAAUUGGGAAUCAACUUUGGCCAUAUUAGAUCCAAGACAUUGGCGGUGUUGAACCUGAAAUCCAGCAGUUUGAGCGAAGAUAUUAUUCAAGACUCGGAUUUGGCAGGUCCUUUAAUCUUUUGUCUCCUGUUUGGUUCGCUUUUGUUUUUGUCAGGUAAGACUCACUUCGGCUAUAUCUACGGAGUCGCAUUGCUUGGAACAAUAUCUCUACAUUGGUUAUUCAAAUUAAUGUCUAAUAAUUCUGCCGACGACACCCUUGAUUUUCUUCGAACCGCCUCUGUGAUUGGAUAUUGCUUACUUCCCUUGGUGAUCCUGAGCGGGCUGGCAGUUCUUAUUAGACUGGACAACACGUGGGGCUACGUCCUUGGAUUCCUGGCAAUCUGCUGGUGCACUCUUUCCUCAUCAGGAUUUUUCGUUCGCGUGCUAAACCUUUCCAAUGCCAGACCACUAAUUGCAUAUCCCUUGGCCAUGUUCUACUCCGUGUUUGCGCUAAUGGCAAUUUUCGUUGAGAAGAAAGAAUAA